AUGUCAGACAGAGACCCACUCCAACCGACAGCUCGAACUCCAUGGAACUCCAUCUACAUUACGAGUGCGUUGACAUUUGUCAGCGCUGUUCAAUAUAGUUUGUAUUUCACUUCGUUAUGGCCGUAUAUGAAAAUUGUAAGUUAUAAUAAGCCCAAAAUUUUUUAAGAGUAUUGGAAGUUUAAACGUAAAUUUUCAAACAAGCGAUACAAAAUUCUUUGUAUUAUACUCCCCGCCAAAAGUUUUGACCCCCCUUCUAACUCGGCCCAAAGUAGGACUUUUUGCUGAAUUUUGGCACGAAAAGUUUCAUGCCUAUUUCUACCGUAAAGGAUAAUGUUUCUACAAAAAAUCAAAUUUUUCCGCACGAAACAACCAAAGUUGUGGCCAAAAGGCGUUUUCUGACCGCUCUCCGCGUUUUGCGUGCUCUUUCGGCGGCAAAGAUCGUUCAAUAUCUCGGCGGCGCCCGCAAAGCGCGAGCUAAAACUUUCAGGAAUUGAUAUCUAGCUGAUGCCCGACGUGUGUGCAAAUUUUAAAGAAAAUCUGAGCGUCGCACUUGGGGUAGUUCCCGUAUUAGGAAAAAAUGGCCCAUUGGCGUCUGAUUGCUGUAAAAAAAUGUUCUCAAGCGAUCAAAAGAACUUCGUUACUUACAACGUAAAUUUCCCAAAUCAUCUUUUUUUCAGCUUGACCCAGAGAUCAACGCCAGCUUCUUUGGUAUCACCGUUUUCUGCUACAGUUUUGGUCAGAUCGUUGCGGCGCCGGUGUUUGGGAAAUGGAGCAACAAAGUCAAGCAAGUGAAGCAGCCCCUCUCAGCGGGGCUGAUCUUUAUGUUUGUGGGGAAUCUACUCUACAUCUUGAUGGAGGUUUUGCCGGGCCCGAAGAGAUUCAUCUUGCUGGUUUGUCGGCUAAUUUUAGGCUUCGGAUCAGGUAGAUUUUUAGACUUGCUGCUUUUAACAUUUUUCUUAAAAAAUGAAAUCAAAGUUUUACAGGUAAUUUGGCGCUCCUUCGAACCUAUGCAGCUACUGCCAGCUUGCCGCAGGAUAAGUCAAAAUCCAUCGCAUAUGUGACCUGUGGCCAAGCGUUGGGGAUGUCGCUAGGCCCUGCAUUUCAAGUAGUCUUUACUGUUUUCGGCUAUCCGGGAAUUUCUUUUUUCGGUUUGCACAUCAACAUCUUCACAUCGCCCGCUUACUUCGCGGCUUUGACGAAUAUCGCCGGAGCAAUUUUUCUCCACAAAUAUUUUGAAGAACUGUACGCUGAAGAGUUGGAGGAUGUAAGAGCAUUGUUUUUAAGGCAUUUUUUAAAUAACCUCAAGGGUGAAAAAAAGAUGAUUUGCACGGCUUUUUACAGGAUGACGAGCCAGUAAUUGGAGACAAUCAUAAUCAUCAUAGAACCUACGACCGCAGAGCCGUGAUGGUCUGUUAUGUCACCAGAUUCGUCGACAAAUAUGUCCGAACGAACUUGGAAACGUAAGUCCAAUAUUUGGACCUAGCAGAAUCUCCAUAUUAUUGCACUUAUUAUCGCAAAAAAAUUGCCAUUUUUCAGACUAGGCCCACCUCUGGCUAUGAUGAUGUUUGCAUUUGACAAAAUCGAAGCCGUGAAAUACCCAUCAAUUGCCCAGGGAUUAGUGGGAGCCAUCACAUUCUUGACUUACAUUGUGUUUAUCAAUUUUAGAGUUGAACAGUAGUGAGUUUACAAGAAACGAAGCUCUUUACUCAUAUUUAGCGCUCAUAUUUAACAAUCUUUUCAGUCUGAAACUUCGAACAAAUUGCAUACUGGCUCUCGUUUUUAUGAUCAUCUUCCAUUUCCUCACAUAUCCAUACGCUUUUUACAAUAAUCACGUGAAAUAUACCAACGGUAUGUGCAUCACCUACAGUGGGAGACCAGUGGCAAAAACCGUACCAUUUUGCAUCCAGGAAGCGUCAAAAAAUGUGGCAAAAUACCUCCCUCCUCAAGUGAAAAAAAAACAGAUUUCAAAAGCGUUCCCACUAUUUUUGUGAAGGAAAGGGCGCGCAUGUCAAACUGAGAUGAGCUAAAACAGUCCGGUCAAUGGAUUGGCAAUUUGCCAAGAAAAGACGCGAAAAAACGUUUUGUCGGGGGAGAAAUGGGGAAUUUUUGGGGCGAGAGAGUACGUUUUUGCGUGUCUUUUUUCUCUCUUUCUCUGCGAAAUCAAGACGAAGUGUAAAAAACCGAUAGCGAAGGGUCUGUUCCAGUCACCGGACUCCUCAGUUUGACGUGCGCGCCCUUCAAAACGGAAUUUUUUUUACUUGGAAGGGGAGGCAUUUUGCCCGGAUGGGUACGUUUUUUUGCCACCUGAUCAGGUCCCCCGCUGUACAUACUCAAUCGAAAAUCGUACGCUUGGUAUGUAAGGAAUGUGCGGUUUCAGAAACCGGCCACCCCGAAAUCGGCUGCAAUGUGGCCAGAUAUCAAUGGUGCUUCGAUUUGACAGCAGUAAACCCUUGGUUGUACUAUCUCACCUACGUAGUGUUUAUUGGAGUUUCGUUUCCAGUACUCACCGUAUCUUUGUCAACCUUAUUUUCCAAGAUUUUGGGGCCAAGACGACAAGGCACACAACAGGGAUGGCUUCAAGUUUGGAGCUCUUUGGGUAAGAAAACCACGAUUUUUCGCGGUUACAAAUCCCCAUUUUUCAGGUCGUAUGUUUGGUGCGAUGGCUUCCAGUUCGCUCUACGUGAAGGGCGGUCCUCGUCCUGUUUGGCAGAUGGAAAUUGCCGUGAUUGGCGCCGUAAUCGCGGCUUGGUUUCUGUUUUUCAACCGCAUGAUUGCCUAUCAGCCAGUCCGAACAGCGAAAUCUGAUGAGUCGGAAAAUAGCUCCUCAAAUAAUACGCAACGAAGUUAUGAGGUUAUUCGUGAUGAAGAGAAUAUCGAUAGGGGUCCACAAUAA